AUGAAUAUACUCAGAUAUCUUCCAGGUGACAGAAAGUGUAGCCCUUAUUUGAAUGCCACAAAUCACAUUGUAAACUGGACACAGGCUGAUAAUAAAUAUUCGAAGAUGAAUGAUCUAAUGGAAAUUGAAAAAAAGUUGAAGAGUUUGCGGAAACAAAAAGUGGAAGUAAGUAUAAGGAAUAAGAAGGCCAUAAUAGCUGAAGAGAAGAAAAACUCUGAAAGAAGAGUAUACAGUAUGGCUGACGAUGGCGAAGAUAAAGCUAGAAGUAACAAAAGCGAACCAGAAGAUCCGAUAAAAUUGGCAAACUACUCAAUACGCGAAUAUGAAAAAUGGGAAGCUAAGACACAGAAUUCAAGACAUAAUAAAAGCGUGAUGGGGGACUUCCAAACUAUAGCAAAGAACAGCUACAAGAAGGAAGUAGAUGCGCUUCCGAAGGAUAUAUCACAUCCGUUGAAAGGUGGAAUAACUGAGGAUGGGAAGGUUCAAGUAGAAGAUAAUCCUGAACUAGUAGAAAAAAUGGUGAAUGAUUUGAACGAACGAUCAAAGAAAAGGUAUAUGGUACGGAAACAAAAACUAGAUAAACAAAAUAAGAUCAAUUUGGAUGAUGGAUUUAUUAAUGACAAGAAUAAACGGUUUAAUGCAAAAUUGAAUAGCGAGUUCAAAUAG